AAUACUUGGCAGCACUGUUGCGAAAUGAAAUAAUUCAGUGCAUUUCAUAGUCAUAUGUUUUGUGUCAUGAAAGAGUUGCUGUCAAAUUUAGUGUCAUUCGUGAAUAUUCUGUAAGUGAAAAGACAAAGAUAUCACGAACGAUUUCGCGACAAAUCCACUCUGUUUAACUUGCGUUCUCGUCUGUAUUUAAGUUACCGAAUUUCGAAGAGAAUAUAACCUAUCUUUCUUAAAGUUGCAAAUUUCUUUUUUAUCAGGUUACCAGUUCAGUGCGAAACUUAAACAAAAGGUGUCACACUUGUCCCAGAGUCAACAUAGAAAAGUUUUGUAAAAAAUUGUUCAGAGAAAUAUAUUUUAAAACAAAGAGGUAAAAGAAGAGGUCAAUUGAUUAGAGAAUUAGAAAGAAUUCACAAAACAUUUUGUAUACAACAUGAAUAGGACAACGAACAGUGCAACAGCGAGACUGAAGCAAGACUACUUACGUCUUAAAAAGGAUCCUGUACCAUAUGUUGUUGCAGAGCCAGUACCCUCGAAUAUAUUAGAAUGGCAUUAUGUUGUGAAGGGUCCAGAGAAAACUCCCUAUGAAGGAGGAUUUUAUCAUGGAAAACUUAUAUUUCCAGUAGAAUUUCCAUUCCAGCCUCCUAGCAUUUAUAUGACUACUCCUAAUGGCAGAUUUAAGGUCAAUACAAGAUUGUGUUUGUCUAUCUCUGACUUCCAUCCUGAUACAUGGAAUCCAGCGUGGAGUGUAUCUACUAUUCUUACAGGAUUACUUAGUUUUAUGAUUGAAAAUAGCCCUACCAUGGGUAGUAUCAAUACAUCUGAUCACGAGAAAAAACAAUUUGCUGCACAGAGUCUAGAGUACAAUUUAAAGGACAAGUUAUUCUGUGAACUUUUUCCAGAAACUGUUGAGGCAAUAAAAGCAGAAUUGGAACACAGAAAAGAAUUAGAAAAACAGGCAAGGCAUCAGACCACGGCUUCAGAAGUUUCGUCGCUGUUACGCGAUCAACUACAAAGGGAUCAAAGUCCAUUGUACAGUGUGCUCACCAAUCUUGUUGUCAUUAUAGGAUUCGCAGCAUUUGCUUUCACAGUAAAAUACGUAUUAUGGAGCGUUGCUAUGGAAUAAGUGAACGAAAAAUGAAUACAUAGCAUACUUUUCGAUAAAGGAAAAAGAACGAGGAAAGAUGUUGUAAUAACGAUGCGUGCAGAUCUUGAAGAAAGGUAUUAAAAACUGAUUUGGGACUGUUUGUCCACAUCGAAUCCACACCACACGAGCGUUUGAUAGAUUUUUAUAACAAAGUUACUUGUAAAAUACGAGUUGUGUACUAUAUUCGCAAAUUUUAAAUGUGGUAACCGCGAAACUACGGUAACAAUUCCCCAAAGGGUUCUACCUGUGAGCGUUUAUCAUCAAACAAAAUGUCACUGAGUUCUUUAUCCAGUUGUAAAGAGAAAAAAGGAAGAAAAACAAAUCAUAACGCUGUUAAUUGAUUCGAAUUGAAUUUCGAAUUUACACCAUUGGCUUUCAGUCAAGUUCUGUUACGCGAAUUUCCAAAGCGUAGUUCAACUAACCUGAACUAUAAAUAUUUAGCGAUUAUUUGAACAAUUAUGUAAGUAACUACAUGGUAUAAGGAUAUAAGAAGGGGAUAGAGGGAAAAUGAAAGAGAUAGAGUAAUAAGGUAAAUUCGUGGGAGCUUCCCAAUGCUAUAAGUAAAUCAGUGAAGAUUCAAAUCUUGCUACUGCUUUCUAUUCUUGAUCUUUCUUUCCAUACAUCCACAACGGACUUUUCGCACGAUGCUUCAACAACAAAAAACACUUCCCGAAUACGUUUAAAAAUAAAUAGAAGUUCGUCUCUGCGAUGUGCCAAUGAGAAACUAAGUUAAAAUUUCUAACUGAAUCGAACUAAGCUUAGUAGAGAAUAGCUUGUGUCAUUGAUGAAACGUGCCGAUCUUGUAAAUACGUGUAGUAGACUAGUAAGACGUGUGUAAUAUCAGUUGAUAACAAAGUUAAAAAAAAGCAAAGAAAUUGAACAGAUCAGUGUCAGUAUUCAUUGUUUAACUGUUUCGAGAGAUAAUUUUAGAGAAAUCGAUUCUUUGAAUAUACAUGUUGUGUGUUCUCAGCUUGCUCAGAAGUUUCGUUCGAAUCGGUUAUCAUCGUUUUAUUGGACGUAGUGUACUUUUGCUGUCACCCGGUGUGAUUGAAAAAAGGAAAAAAGAAAAUGAGAUUUAAUUGUAACUCGCAGAUUAACACAUUACGAUUAUACUUUACCGAGUAAUUAACUGGUAACGUGUACGAAACUAUAUUCAUGGAAACAGAACUGACAUAUAAUCCGUGAAACGAUAUUUAUGUUAAGGAAUUGCGUCGGUUUUAUUUAUGGAUUAAAAAUAAUGUAAUAAUUUUUCUACACGAAAAAA